AUGGCCACUCCGAAUGGUAAAGUUUCCCAGGGCGAGGCGCGGCCGCCAGUUCCUAUCCUCGAAUCGCCCAAGCUCAGCGUCAAGAUGUCAGCCACCGAGCUGAUUGGCAACACACCGCUUGUUCGCCUCAACAAGAUCCCGCAGUCGCUUGGGAUUGAGGCCGAAGUGUACGCCAAGGUUGAGCUUUUCAACGCCGGUGGGAGCGUCAAGGACAGGAUAGCCCUGCGCAUGGUCGAAGAGGCCGAGAAGAGCGGUCGGAUCAAGCCUGGUGACACCCUGAUUGAGCCCACCAGCGGUAAUACCGGCAUCGGCCUUGCGCUCGUUGGCGCAAUCAAGGGUUACAAGACCAUCAUCACCCUUCCCGAGAAGAUGUCCGCCGAGAAGGUUUCCGUCCUCCGUGCUCUGGGCGCUACCAUCAUCCGCACCCCUACCCAGGCCGCCUGGGACGCACCCGAAAGCCAUAUCGGUGUCGCAAGGCGUCUUUUGAAGGAGAUCCCCAACUCGCACAUCCUCGACCAAUAUACGAACGAGAACAACCCACUCGCGCAUGAGUUCGGGACUGCCGAGGAAAUCUGGGCGCAAACCGGCGGCAAAAUCACGGCUGUCGUUGCCGGUGCGGGGACUGGCGGCACCAUUUCUGGUAUUGCCAAGGGGCUCAGGAAACACGACAAGAACGUCAAGGUUAUCGCGGCGGACCCUCACGGGAGCAUCCUUGCGCUCCCCGAGGCGCUGAAUGAAGAGCAGGCAAAUGUGUCGUACAAGGUCGAGGGCAUCGGGUACGACUUUAUCCCUGAUGUUCUGGACCGGGAGCUCGUGGACAAGUGGUAUAAGACCGACGACCGCGAGUCUUUCCAGCUCGCCAGGCGGCUGAUUGCCGAGGAGGGCUUGCUAGUCGGCGGCUCCUCCGGCAGCGCCAUGGCGGCCAUGCUGAAGGCGGUGAAGGACUUUGGGUUCGGCAAGGGCGACGUAAUCGUCGUCGUCCUCCCCGACAGCAUCCGAUCCUACCUCUCCAAGUUCGCCGACGACGACUGGCUCGCCGCCAACGGCCUGCUCCCCAACGACUCGGAGAACAUUGACGGCGCGGGCGUCCCCCCGCAGCCCAAGACGCACAGCCAAGACGCCGCCGACGCCUACGCCGGCGCCACCGUGCGCGCCCUCCGCCUCAAGCCCGUGUCGUCCGUCACCACCACCAGCGCGUGCUCCGAGGCCAUCGAGACGAUGCGCGACAAGGGCUUCGACCAGCUGCCCGUCCUGACCCCGACGGGCGGCAAGCUGGCCGGCCUGGUCACGUUGGGCAACCUGCUCAGCUUCAUCUCGCGCGGCCGCGCCACGCCCCAGACCCCCGUGAGCGAGGUCAUGUUCAACUUCAGCCGCAUCGACGAGGUGGUUACGGACCCGCGCCGGUUUGGGUCUGAUCUCAAGGGAAAGAAGCGCAAGUUUGUCGAGAUUACCCGCGACAGCCCGCUGUCUGCGCUGAGCCGGUUCCUGGAGUGGAACAGUGCCGCGGUGGUCACGGAGAAGGAUGAGAGCGGGGGCUCCAAGCCCGUGGCGGUUGUGACUAAGGUGGAUUUAUUGACUUGGAUGGUGAGGCAGAAGUCUUAG